AUGGCUGCUGCUGCUGCUGCUAUGAUAUUGGUGGACCUAUUAGAAAUGGUAGAAGAAGAGGAGAUAAUGAGAGAAACUGCUAUGAUAAUGAAAACGUUGAGAAGUACUAUACAUCCUUUCGACUUGACAGAUGAGCAAUUUGUAAAAGUCUUUCGCUUGUCAAAAGAAGCAGUGCAUUAUUUAUGUGAUGCUCUUCAAGAAACCCUGCAGCGUAGACGAAGAACAGGAUUAAGUGUAGAAACUCAGUUUUUUGCUACCGGUUCCUAUCAGGAAUGUGUUGGAAAUGAUUAUUUGGCGUCAGUGUCACAACCUGCUGUUAGUCGAGCAAUUAAAGCAGUUGCAGUUAGUAUUACUGAAUUACUUACUCAUCAAUGGAUUCAGUUCCCAAGAACCGAGGAAAAACGAGCAGCUUUAAAAAGACGCUUUCAAGAAGCAAGACAGUUUAAAGGAGUUAUCGAUUGUACUCACGUUGCUAUUGUGAAACCGAGUAUUCAUGAGGAAGUGUAUUCAAAUCAUAAGGGUUUUCAUUCCAUCAAUGUGCAAGCGGUGUCCUCGCAUGAUUUAGAAAUAUUGAGUUUAAAUGCCAGAUUCCCGGGAACAGUACAUGAUAGUUUUAUAUGGAGACAUUCAGCUGUGAGAAACGAAAUGAUACGUUUGUAUGAAUCUGGAGAUCAAGCAACAUGGCUUUUGGGCGAUUCAGGAUAUGGUCUCGAACCGUGGCUUAUGACACCCAUAACACCCAUAAUGCACCCGAAGGAAGCGCAGAACUCAGAAGCACGAUAUACACUAUGUCACACCGCAACCAGAAAUUCAUGUGCUGUUCUACACAAUAUACGACUCCGCUAUAACAUCACGGAUCUGGCAUUCGAUAUUGAUGAAGAGGAUGAAGCUGAACCUUUGCAAAUAAACUUACAACCACAUAAUCUUGAAGCGCGUGAUCGUAUUAGAAUGCAAGCAGCAGAAAUAAUCGGAGCAGAUGAAGCACAGUUAAAUCCUG